CUGAGCAGACCGGGACAUUUCUUCUGCUCCGUGUGGACGUACUGUGCGAAAGGGAGGUCGAGAGGCUAUCUCGGUAUGCGAAAUUAGGUGGAAAUUUCUUACGAGCGAUUGUGGUUUGGUGUGUCGUGUAUAUCUGUCUAAAUAUAUAUUAUAAUUAGAACAAAAUAAUUCAUAAAUGGCUAUGAAUCGUCCACGCCUCGAAGUACCACGAGAACUGACUAGCCUGCUAUUAGAUUUUACCGUAAAUGUAUUACUCGAAAAACCGGCUGAUCUAGUGGACUAUGCAGUUAGUUAUUUUACAAAGCUACGGGACGAAGGUCGCCCAAAUAAUCAGCAAUCUGUACCUCUGACAUCCGUGACAUGCGAAGAAGAUGAACCGAAUAGUGAUGAAGAUGAAAUUGAUGAACCUCCACCAGUUCGAAAAAACCAAAACCAGUAUUCACGACGAAAAUCAGUUUUUGCUGAACAAUAUAACCCAGAAGAUGAUGACGACGAUGAUGUGGAACGUGUUAUUUAUCCAAAAUCGGAUAUUCAGCGACAGCGUCUUGGUGAAGCUGUACGAAACAUCCUGCUCUUCAGAUCUUUAGACUUGCAACAAAUGCAAGAGGUCUUAGAUGCCAUGUUUGAAAGAAAGGUAAAACCUGGAGAUAUUGUCAUAAAACAAGGAGAUGAUGGUGACAAUUUUUAUGUUAUUGACAGUGGUGUUUAUCACAUAUAUGUUGAUACUGAUCAAGAAAAAAAUAAAUUGGUUGGAAAGUAUGACAAUGCUGGCAGCUUUGGAGAACUUGCUCUAAUGUACAAUAUGCCUCGCGCCGCAACUAUUGAAGCUGCUUCUGAAGGAUCUUUAUGGGCUAUGAACCGCCAGACUUUUAGGAGAAUAGUUCUAAAAAGUGCAUUCAAGAAGAGGAAGGAGUAUGAGAAGCUGUUAGAGGGUGUGCCAAUGUUGCAGACAUUGGAGAACUAUGAAAGAAUGAAUUUGUGCGAUGCACUGAUGCCCAAAGCUUAUGCCGAUGGUGAACUCAUUAUUAAACAGGGCGAUGAAGCAGAUGGUAUGUAUUUCAUAGAAGAUGGGAAUGUGAAAAUCACUAUGAUCAAACAGACUGAAGAUAAUAAAGAAGUAGAAAUGGAAGUUACUACACUCACAAAGGGGCAAUAUUUUGGAGAAUUAGCUUUGGUUACCCAAAAACCUCGUGCUGCUUCAGCUUAUGCUGUUGGAAAUGUGAAACUUGCAUUUCUUGAUGUUGCUGCUUUCGAGCGACUAUUAGGACCUUGCAUGGCGAUUAUGAGUCGAAAUGUUGAUCAUUAUCGAAAACAAGUUGUGGAGCUCUUUGGUUCUGAAGCAAAUAUUAGUGAUCUACGAUGAUCUACCUUUCAUAUUUCAUCUUAAUGCAUUUGGUUGGACGUCUUACUGUGCCCUAAAUCAUAUCUGAGGUCAAAUAAUGCACCUCCUAAAUAUUGUCACAUUUAUGUUAAUCUAGUCUGAUUUCUCUGUAACAAUUAGAUCAUCAUUACUGUUUGUUGGUGAAGAAGUUAUGUAGUUUAUUUAUACAUUCUAGAAAAAAAAAUUCUAGUCUGUUUUGAUUAUAUUCAAGAAUAUUUAGUUUCAAAGCAGUGUAGCAUUGUAAUAUAUCUGCUGCAAAUGUGUGUAUUAAAUCAUCUGUGACCAACUGUUCAUUAGCGAAUGAAAGUGUCAUUUUAUUUCUUCUGUAGAAUGAUUAUGUUUAAAAUUAUUCUGAAUUACACAUUGAACCAGUAGUGUUAUUCAUUAAUGACAAAUAGUGUGGAUCUUAUAAACUAUCUUAUAUGUAAUUUAUCGAUUUAAAGAAAUCCUUAGUAACUUUCCAUGAUUUAUUCUUAAAUGUAUAUUUAAAAUAUUGUUGAGUUGAAUUGUUUUCAAUUAUAUGCUGUUUCGUGUAUUUAGAACUCUUGAUAUUUAAGUGUACUGAUAUAAUAUUGCUGUGGUUCAAUGCUUAUAAGUGUUUUGUCAUUUCUUGGUUUCUUAAGUAUAAAUAUAUGAAAUAUCAAGUUCAUUUGUAAUUCAGAUAUAUGUGCUCAUGAUAGACCCUUGCGGUAUCUAUAAAUAUGUUACGGAGCUUAUGUUAUUCUUCAGUAAAGUUCUCAUACGGGAUGAAGUUCUUUUUAUUACUGUAAAUAUUAAAUGAAAAUUUUGAAAGUCUUAUUCAAACGCGGGGAAUGCGAUACUGUUGAUCAUUUUUCUUAUUCUAACAUUUAUUUUUUCCGUAUAUUAAAGUUAAAGUUAAUUUAUAGAAUGUAUAUGCAUUCUUAGUUAUGAUGUUUUCUUUGAAAAAUUGAGGAAGUUUAAAAUUUUGCUAAGUCAUCAAACGUUGCUUAUUUUCCUAUUAAUAGUCGGCUUAUAUUUCAUGAAGGCAUAUAUUAUAAUAAUGCAAUUCAUGCAAAAAUAUUGAUAUGUGUGCUAUCGCAGUGUGGUCUAUUUAAUGUUUCUAAAAUACAUUUUCACUUAUUAGCUUAUCGUUAUAUAAAUAUAUUAAGGUUGUGCAACUUUAACUGAAGAUGGACUUAUGUAUAGUAUGUAAAGUGAAAGCUAAAACUUUUUAUUUGAAUGGAAUUUUUCUUGCAUAUGUGAAUCAUUGUGUACGUUGUUUCUUACGUUGUGUUUCAUUUUAAACUAUCAUAAUUUAAUACCAGUUGUGUUCUAGGUAUCAUAUUUUAGUAUGUUAUGAUUCACUUUUUUUUUUUUUUUUUUUUU